CACAACAGUUAGGUUUGUCCAUUCUUGACCCAACGACUGGUUCAAAGAACCCAACAUUUGUUAGAGUGUAGGAACAUGUGUAUAAAGGCUAUCAGAUCAUUUUAAAAAUGUUUUUUUUUAUUCAGUAUCAUAGCAAACUUGUAUUAAGUACAACUUUUCUCUUUGAUAUUGUUGUCGUUGAGAGGAAAAACCAUGCAAACCACGAAAAAUUCCCUUCAGGAAUGUUCUCAAACAGUUGUCAAAACGGAACCUAAAAACAAACACUCAUUGCUGAUAUGUUGUAUAUGAAACAAAGGCUAAAAAAAACGUUGUCCGUUACAGUUGUCACCUGUUAGUUCAGCUUCAGAUGGUCAUGGUGUGUGUGCGCUUAAUCUUUUGUUAUGUCAGUUGAAUAUGCAGUAUGUGAAAAAACUGAUGUUUGGUUUGUUGUCAAGUGAGAAAGGUUGCACGGAUGCUGUUCAGUGGUCUGUUGAACCCCAUUAUGUUCGUAAACAGCAGCUGAUUUAGUUGCUGAGAGAUUGAAGAAAAUGUAAACAUUAGCAGUGAUGUGUGACAUCUCAAAGGGACUUUUUUUUAAUAAACCAAACCAUGCUACCAAAGUAUAAAUUGGUGUGCUGUAGGUAAAAAAAGAGUUGGGGAAAUUCAAGUGGGUGCUUAAAUAUAGUAAACCCUGCGAGGAUAAAAGUAAAUUCUGUCAACCAGAGCUCACCUGUCAAGUUUCAGUGAGACAACGACAGAGGUCUCAGGUGCAGACAGCGGGUAAGGUAACAAAGAAUCUUUAAUAAAAGAACAAAACAGCAAACAAAAACCCACAAUGGGGAAAAACAGGGCACGACAGAAAUAAUAAAUGAAAGGUACACAGGAACUAGACUAACUAUACUUAAACUGACAAAUACUUAAUACAAUACUUGACAAGAUGGCAAUAGACUAACAUAAAACUACACUUACUUUGACUAAGACUAGUGGAAAUCUCAAAGGUUCGAAUAGGACACCGACAUGGAACAAAACGAACUAGCACAUGACAGCAGAAACGAGGGCAUAUACUGUAUAUACGGGAAUCAAAAACAGGAUAAUUAAGGGAACAGGUGUAGGGGAUGAAACACUGAUGGGAAGGUAACAAGGAAACGAGAUGGCGGGAAACGAAGACGCAGACCGGAGAGAGAGUGUCAAAAACCGAUAGGUUCACCAUCUCUCCCUCCACACAAAACCUAAGGCUAUGCCAUGACUCCGCCCCAAGACAAAGAAUAGACAUAUUUACCUAUUUUUGCGUUCCACUUUAUUUUCCUUUCACAGCAGAUUGAAAGUGAUUUUGAAUCAAUAAAAGUGUUAUUCUUAGGUGAGCUUUGUAUAGGAUGUGGUUUGUAUUGAUAGAACACAUAUGGAUUAAAGACAAAGGGUGAAUGUUAAAGUGCAUCUGUUGGGUUUACAAACUAAAGCAUUGUUUUGUUUGUAUUUGGGCAUCGUUAUAAUUAACUUAAUUUGACAUUUACUCUCAUCAGAGGCAAAACAAUUGAAUUACACAUGUUCUGAAGAGUGGGUGGGUCGAUAGAGUUGGAAAUAGAGGCGAAAACACCAUUUACCCUGAUGGCCUGUUGAUGUGAAAAUGCCUUUUCCCCCUUCAACCGUUUCAUGAAAACUGAUCUUUGGGCAUCAGAAAGGACACUUGGGCAAAUGGGCAGGGCACUCUUAUCCCCUCCACCCCCUAUGCACGUUCCUGUAAAAGCGUCUUUGAUAACAAGCAUAGAUCACGCUGUUGCAUUAGUCAGAGAACUUGAUCAACUUCAUCAAACCCAAUUUCCAGGUGCUUUAUAUUGUCAAUCUGAGAAAGUACAAAAAGUCAACAAUAACCCCCUUCGGGAAAAUUUGGAAAAACAGGUUAUUUCCACGAGCAUGCAUCCAAUUUACAUGCAGAAAAGUUCAUUGAUUUCAAUUUUAUUUUAUUUAUUUGUUAUUUUUGUAAUGCAUCGAUGCAGAACUCCCAAAGACCUCUUGUUCUUGUGUUGUAAACCCACUGAUGGAACAUAGAUGCAGAUAUGCACUGUGACCCACGUACAUGCUCUGAAUAAGAUAUGCUGUGGUCGUCUUGAUCAUGUAGGUCAGUUCAGUGCACAGAGCGUGUUGUAUUUGAUGUGGUGUAGGACGCUUCUAAAGUUGAAGAUGUGUUAUAAGCAGAAGGUGUUAUGUGUUAUGCAUAGGCUGUGUUCCGUAUGUGGGUGAAGAUGGUUACUUGAUAGAGCUGAACCUACGUCUUGGCGGCCUACACGGAUACAUUAACAUUAGUUUCUGUUCUUUCUAUAUUUGAAAUGGCACGCUAGCAUCUUAUGCAUUUGUUUAUUUCUCACGUAAAUAAACUGCAGGAUGAUUUGAUGAAAACCAUUAGCAGCCUUAAAUACUUCCAAGAAAUCUUUAAUUGGUCUCAUUACAUUUUCCAGACAUAGCAACUUACAUUGCAUUAUCAUAUACAUUUAUACAUACUGUAUGUGGGAUCCCUUGGGAUCGAACCCGCAACCUUGAAUUGUUCACACAAUGCUCUUACCACUGAGCUACAGGAAAGCUAUAUAUAUUAAUUUAAUGUUCUCUUGUUUUUCUUGUUUUCUCAUGCCAGGCUUCUUAGGGCUGUUUGUUUUUAGGGUCAUGCUCUUUAAGGUCAUGCUCUUGUGUAUAUCUGUAAUUCGUGUUUUGAACCUCUUGGAUUUCCCACAAAUGAGAACUGAGAUUCGAUUGACAAAGUUACAUGGAAUAAACACUUCAGGAUACAGUAAGAGACAGCCCCCACAUACAGUCUUUCAGAGAAUGAGGAGGUUUCUUUGUAAAGAUAAUGCAGUGAAAAAAUCAUUCACAGUCUGGGAGAUGUGGUCACUACGAAAAAGAACAUAUUAGACAACUAUAAAGGGAUUUCACAAAGAACAUGUUUGGGUUCAGACAAUAUUUUGUCUAGAGGCUCUAAUCAGGGUCCUUCCUGCACAGAUUUUUAGACCACUACGCAGGAUGUAAACACUGGCGCAGAAGCACUUGCGAUUUCAUCUUUAUUUUUAUUAAUUAAACCAACAUAUAUAAUUAAAUCUUAAACAUAUUCUCUUAUAAACGUUCCGUUGUUUGUAUUUUUUUUUAAAUGUUAAAACUGAAACAGGAAGUUCUUCAGGACCAUCGCUGGAUUAGUGUUGCUUGCGUUUUCCAAAGUGGUCUUAAGGUAUCUUUAUGACCACAUAUUUGGGUCCUGGAAGUUUUUAAAGUUUAUAACAUGUUGGAGCAGGUGACAGUCAGAGGUUUAGAAUGAUCAGGGACUUUCAGACAAACAGUCAUGCACAUGUUGUGCGUUAACAACAAAUGAUCUAAUCAUGACUAAUAAAGUCUGGUGAGAUAUCACAUAGUGAACCCAUGAUGAAGAGUCUGAUUUGUUUCCCUGUGAAUAUGUCUAUUAUUUUUAUGACCAUAUUUGUACUGUAAAAAUAAAGGGUUGUUUGUUACAGUCUGUGUAUGUCAGCCCUGCGUGUUUAUUCAUCUGUGCUGUAAAGAAUUAUAACCAGUUUUUCACUAGAAACAGAGAUGUCUUGUGUGCUUUUGAAUAAAAGCAAGCCUGUGUAUGGUUCUGAAUGAAUGUGAAUACAAUACAAAUGAUGAAUAGUCAUAUUUUUUAGGAGGAAGGCAAUAAAUGCAAGGCAGAAGAUUCUCUAAUGGGCUUCAACAUAUAAAUUGUUUUUUCCCCCAAAAAUACAACAGAUGUAAUGAUACAUUUAAUCGAAACUCUAUAAAAUGAAGUCAGAAUGAGAAAAUUUCACCCCACCCAAACCCAAACCGAAAACACUCCGCAGUGUUUUCAGAGUGUCGAGGAACUGAAAUAACUUCGCGUCAAUGUUUUUCUCUCUCCCACGAAAACAGUAAUUAUUGUAUGUUUCUAUACGGGAUUAUAUAUAUCCACACGCUGCAAUUUUAUUAAUGAAUUUAUUUAACUUAUUUUGAGUGCAUUUUUCUUUGUGUUGAUCUUUCUAUCUCGGACUGUUAUUUUUUCUAUCGCUUCUGUUCUCGUCUAUUUUGGAUUUUCGAUCUUGGAGAAGUGAAAACUAAUGCCAGCCAGAUAUAGGUCCACACCAUGAGCAACAGAAGCUUUUUGGAUGACUAUUUGAAAAUAUGACAUAUAUAUUGGUUUUAUUCGCUCUGCGCUUAUGGCUUGCACGUGUUGAUGCAGAUGUAGUGAAGUCAGUGUCAGUGAUGGAGGGAGACUAUGUCACUCUUCACACUGAUCUUGCUAAAAACCAGACAGACAUUACAAUAACAUGGAGUUUUGGACUUGAAGCGACUCGUAUAGCUGAUAUCUUAAAAAGGGAUCAAAUGAACCAUUUCUUUGUUAGUAAGGAUGGGACAUUCAGAGAUCAUCUACAGUUGGACAAUCAGACUGGAUCUCUCACCAUCACAAACAUCAGAACUGAACACACUGGACUUUAUAAACUAUUUAUUAGCAGGGACAAGGUCUCAUUUUUUGUUUUUAAUGUUACUGUACAUGCUCGUCUGUCUGUUCCUGUCAUCAUCACAAACUCUUCUCAAUGUUCUUCAUCAUCAAAAAGAUCUUCAAAAUGUGUGUUGUUGUGUUCAGUGAUGACUGUGACACAUGUGAGUCUCUCCUGGUACAAAGGAAACAGUUUAUUGUCCAUCAUCAGUGUGUCUGAUCUCAACAUCAGACUCUCUCUGCCUCUGGAGGUGGAAUAUCAGGAUACAAACACAUACAGAUGUGUCAUCAACCAUACCAUCACAAACCAAACUCAACAUCUGGACAUCAACAAUGUCUGUAAAUCAUGUUCAGCACUCAUGAUGAAGCCACACUGGGUGGGAAUCACAGUUUUUAUUGUAAUGCUGGUUAUGACGACUGCAGCUCUGGGUGUAAUGUGGUUUCUCUACUACAGGAAAACUAGACACAGAGUUCAGACUCAUGAUGAGGAAGAGCUUCAUUAUGCAGAUACAACAUUUAGUGCACGCCAUAAUGAGAUUUCGAAAGCUGAUGAACACACGGUGUAUUCAAGUGUUGCUCUGAGUUGACGUCAUCCUCAUAUCAUCUGUGCGUCUUCAUUAUGAACCAGACAUUUAUGUUGUACAUAUUUAUGUUAUGAUGUUUAAAUUGUACAUUUUUGUAUGUUAUGCUGUUGUAUUAAUUUAUUUUGUAAUUACUUUAAAUGGUAAUGUUGGUUUUCUAUGAAUGAAUGAUCCACAAAUAUUUUAUUGUUUCAUACCCCACAUGGACAACAUGUGACGGUUUUAUGGGAUUUUGGAGUUGGAUAGCUUCUUCCGCCACAUUUAACUUUCUUUUAAUCUAGAUCUUUUGACUUUUUAGUGGUUUUCGUAAAGUAAAGUAAAUGGUUUUUGAUGACACAAGUGAAAAAAUAUAUAUAUAUAUAUUUAUAUUUUUCCAUUUAGUAAGAUUUGUUUUACUUGGAGCAAUGUUGCAAUACUGUUGUUAACCUCUAGGUGGCAGUAUAACCAAACGAAUUAGUGUGCAUGAACCUGGGGUAGAAAGAGGACAGGUGAUAUAUAAAAAAAACAGUGAACAUAAAGGUUAGUAGUUUGAGUAUUUGUAAGGAAUAGAAGUUCAUUAAAAUAAGACAGGAUAUAGGUUGUUCAUACAAUAUAAACAAUAUGUUGUGGCCUCAUUGAGAUUAUCUAACUGCAUUUUGAAUGCAUUGUAUUUGGAUGCACCAGCUUGAAUCCAGAGGGACUCUUUGUGGAAGCUGUUUGAUGCUUUCUGUUUAUUCCUGGUUUUAAUAAAUGUUAAAUGAAACGUGAAGAUUUACGAGUGCAAAAACUGCAAUAAGUUAGUCUGCAAGACAACAUGCAAAACGAUUUUAAUGUUUCAUUUGACAUUUAUAAUCAAUAUCAAGAGCAACAAACACAUUUCUGCCUAAAUCAGCCUUUAACUUUUUUUCUCAUUUGUGAUGUAUUAACUUUAAAUUACAUUUCAUUUAAAUGACAUUAAUCUUACAACAUUAGGUUAUAUUGGUGUUAUUAUGGCACAUUUGAGCAACAUUAAACAGUCUUUGUAUUAAACCAU